AUGACAGUUGGCCUGUUCUCGGGCCCAGCCCAAAUACUGGCCUUGUAUUUUGCACUUGUUGCGUUAGCUUAUAUGGAAAGCGAUGCAUUUCGGCAUCAAGCACCGCUCCUCGGAUCGAUACCAUAUUUGACUCUUACGUUCUGCACAUUGAAUCUUACAAUGCCGGAAAGAAGACGAUAUCUCACUGCGCUGUGGCUCCUCCUUGAAGCAGUAUCAUUCUACGUGGUAUGUACCAAUCGAAGUAUCCUGCAAUGGGCAUCGCUAAUAAUGACAUUCAGCAAUGCCGUGUAUUUGUUGUCCUUCGCAGACUGUGUAAGGCGCGCCUGGAACGAGCUGGCCAUUCUGCUAAUUGCUUAUUUUGGCUUGCUUGUUUAUUACUGCUUUGCUGAUCUCUAUUACUCUAUCCCAAUUUACGUCAUCCUGGUGUCCUUGAACUUAGCUACAGUCUGCAUUACCGUUGGCGCUGCUGGCGCUGUUUAUAAAUUUGGUUCUAGGAAAAGAAUCUAUUCGAAUCAGGUAAACUUCAUUUCUAAUGUGAAUUUUAUUAGCUGA